CCUGUAACGUAGGACGUCACUAACAAGCCAGCCACCUCCUGGCUACAUAAGAAACUACCAUUGCCCCAUUUCUUCAUUCUGAAUUGCUCUCUAUCUCUCUUGUGAAAUUUAUAAUUUGAAUUCUGCAACAACACACGAUGGCUGAUAAAAUGGAUAUGUCCUUGGACGACAUCAUCAAGCAGAACCGGCAACGGGGUGGCGGUGGAGGCCGGGGCGGGAGAGGCCGGGGUAGAGGAGGAUCUGGCGGAGGCCGCGGUGCUGGAGCAGGCCGACUCGGAGGAGGCGGUUUUGGGGUUCGUGGAGGCGGCGGCGGAUCGGGCCCAAUGCGGAGUCGUCAGAAUCUCAGCCGGGGAAGAAGCAGCAGACCUACACCGUACAGCAGGCCAAAGCAGCUUCCAGACAAAUGGCAACAUGACAUGUUUGACAAUGGAUUUAGCAGUGGAGGCGGCGGUGCUGGAGUAGAGACUGGAGGGAAGCUCUUGGUUUCCAACCUUGACUUUGGUGUUUCUGAUGCAGAUAUCCAGUUGUUUGCAGAGUUUGGCACCCUAAAGAAAGCAGCAGUACAUUACGACCGGUCGGGACGGAGUUUGGGGACGGCAGAUGUACACUUUGAGAGGAAAGCAGAUGCAUUAAAAGCAAUGAAACAGUAUAACGGUGUUCCUCUUGAUGGUCGCUCAAUGAAUAUUCAGCUAGUCACGUCACAGAUCGACACACAGAGAAGGCCACCAGUCCAAAGUUUAAGCAGAGGUGGUGGUGGUGGCGGCAUGAACAGAAAUAGAGUGGGAACUGUCGCAGGUGGUUUUGGAGGCCCUAAUAGACGUGGUGGUUCCAGAGGAAGGGGAGGACGAGGAAGGGGAGGCAGAAAUGACAAACAGCCGCUGUCUGCAGAGGAGCUCGAUGCACAGCUGGAUGCUUACAAUGCAAGGAUGGACACCACCUAACAACCAGUCUUUCGCAUGGAAGGGACACAAGAUCAGUACGUCCAGUCAGACAAGGAAUGGCGACUUUGCUAUACAUGUAGCUGUUUUUUGGAAUUGGUUUUAAAUUCAUGUACUCAUUCCACACACCCCUUUUUUGUCUGUCUAAGCAGUUGUGUUUUUUGUACUGAAUUUUUUUUGGGGGGGGUGAUGGAUUUUACUGGUUGCCUGCUACUGUGGGAAGUAUAUAGGUGGUAACUUGCUCCCAGUCAUUGUAAUAAACCUACAGUGUGUAUUAACCAAAGACAACUGCCUCUGUCUGCUUUUUUGUUGGGUUGGGCAAAUAGAAUUAAAAACCCUUAGAAUCUAGCUAACCAGAAAGGGGCUUUGGAACAUCUAUUAUGUACACACUAGGUGGUAACUGUUUCCUUGUAAGAUCAAAGGAUCACUCUACAUUUCUAACUUUAAAAUACAGGUUUUUAAAGUGUUUAAGUUUAUUGACAUGCAAAUUUAUUGACUUACUGUUUUGCAAUAUUGUAUCUGCACAUUUUAAUUUAUUGGCACUUCACCCUUAUCAGGGCAGUGGCCACAAAUGCUGUUGGGUUUUGUAUUCUAUGAAGUGAACACCUGUUUCAAUAAAACGACAUCAAUCUGA